UUCCCUUCGCACAGCAUGUCUUCGCUCAGCAAGUGCUUCUACGAGGCUUCCGUUGGCCGGACCUGUCGUGACCUUUGGCAUCCGCAGUUCGCUAGCUGCUGGCACUACAUUUUCGACCUGUGGAAGCGAAUCAUGCCCGGCAGUUUCAAGCUGUACAUUCCACUGCUGGUGCUACCCCCAUUGGUCAAAUCGGAUGGAGUGACCGGGGCAUACCUCAUGAAUCACUUCCUUGAAUACGUGUACAUUUCGAUAGCAACUUACGUUCAGGCGGCGCUUUCACUUACUUUUCAAUGCGGUUUUUCGAACUUGUUUGGUUACCUCAACUAUUGGUGCAUCAUGUUCUGGCCGUGCUUGUUAGGAGUUGCUUGCGGCCCAAAGUUACCUCAGCAGCACCUGCGAUUGCAAGGAAUCACUUUCUUCAACAUGAUGGUUGAAACGAUGAUUCGCAAAAGUCGUGUUGGUGUCAUUCAAUACCUCAGAAGCUCGCGAGUGUUCGGAACUUUCAGCUUUAUGAUUCUCAGUGCGAUCAUUAUGACAAAGCUGCAUUCGGGUGUUGUUAAGCAAUUCUGGUUGAUCAACCCACCAGAACUCACCGGUGACACGGAAGCAGGACGUUGCUCACACAAACGCACCUGUCGGCACUUUCUGUUGGACGGAAUGGUAAAGUAUGCGAUGAUCGGAUUCAUCCUCGAAACGGUCCGAGCUUUGAUUACCAAGUUCUCGCUGCUGAUGACCGACCGUUCCGCUUUUUUGACGGAGUUCACUGCGGUUUGCAGCACCAAACUGGGGCUGUUUUUGGCCUUCUACGUCGGCAUAUAUCGAGCGACCUGCUGUCUGUUGACGCGGAAUCAUCUGAGCCACUUUGGCUCGUUGCAGUCUACGUUGGCCGGGUUCCUGGCCGGUUGUGCCUAUUGGAUGUACCCGAAGUAUCAAGUUUAUACGCUGGCGUUUACCAAGACUAUCGAGAUGUCCUGGGAAUACUGGAUGAAAACGGGCCAGAACAUUCCACCUUUCGUGGAACGACUGAAUCGGUUGUCCUUUGUGUAUCUGGCGCAGAUGCUUUCCUUUGGAUAUCUGGGUCACAUCUACGCCUUUCAUCCACAUCUUUCGCCAUCGUUUCAUAUUAAGGCAAUGGACUUUUGCUCGAAAAACCUUACACUCGGAAUGCGUCGAAGAAUUAUGCUGUGGAUUCUUGGUCACGGAGCCUAGGAACUAUCAGAGGAAAAGCUUUAUUUAGUGAGUCGGGAU